GCUCAGAGAACCUCAAGUACGAUACCUCUGCCUUCGAGGAAGCAAACAUGCGAGCGCUCGCAGCCCAAGUCGAACAGGUAUCAACUUUCAGCCUGAUGCAAGUCCGCGACCUGCACUACCGCAUCCCGGACCCUGCCAAUGUGGUGCCGCCGAGCUUCCAGCAGCCGCCGCUACUCCCGGGCACGCCUGCAGGAGUCACGUACUCCGUCUCCAAUCCCGAGCUCACGGAUGUGCAUCGACCCGCAAGUCCCGAUCCUUGGACAGCUUCUACGAUUGUCAGCGAUCCUGAGGAAGGGGACUUGGAAGCCACCACAAUUCUGUCGGUGUUGCUUCUCGUGCUAGUCUUUCUACAGAUUGAGCCAAGGGUCGAAGUGAGGUGCCGCCUCGCCGAUGAUGCUGACAUGGCAGAUCGCUCCAGUUCGCGCAGUCAUGUCACAGAGGGCGAGCUCUUCAUCCCCUUUUCGGUCCUCCCCGCGAAAGGAUUCGGUGUGGCGUCGGAAGCUGCUGUGGGAAUUCGGCUGCGGAGCGUCGAAGGUCUUCCGGACAUCGGCUCCACGAGGUUGGUCAUCGGCUUUCGCUUUGGUACCCUUGUCUCGGAGAACCGCGUCGGCAAGGGGAAGGAGAUCAGCGUCAAGACCCAGCUGGGCCUGGUUUGCCAAGACAGUGCCUGGGUUCCAGAGGCCACGCAGAGCAGCGGCCUGGUUCGGGUCGUGCUGCCUCCACCUCUCUUGGACCUCGCUUCCAAGGGCAUCUCCUGCAGGCUCAAGGCAUGCCGUGCACGGCCCAAAGCCGUGGCUUCCUUGGGGCAUGCCGCGGCGCCGCGGCUUUUCUUCGCCCUCGCCUCGCUCCUACGUCUCUGUGAGACGCAUCAGCCAUAG